AUGUUAAUACCACCCGGCGCGGUCAUUUUCUGCUACUGCUGCUGCGGGCUCCUCCGUCCGAGACAGAUGUUGCGAAACCAAGGCCUCCUCAAGUGCCGCUGCCGCAUGCUCUUCAAUGACCUGAAGGUCUUCCUGCUGCGGAGACCCCCCGCGCCGCCGCCGCCUUCCCCGCCGCCGCCGCUCCCCAUGCCCGGCGGCGCAGAGGCGGCGGCGGGCGGCCCGGCGGGGGCCGCACCGCCCGGGGGCGGGCCCGGCUGGCGGGCGGCGGCGGCGGCAGCGGGCGGCGGCGGCGGCGGCGGAGCGGGCAGCCCGGCCGCCGAGGAGUGGGGCAGCCCCGCCGGGGAGCCGCCCGCCUCCCUGCCCAGCAGCACCUCCUCGGAUGACUUCGGCAAGGGCAAGACCGAGGACCGCUACUCGCUGGGCAGCAGCGUCGACAGCGGCAUCCGCACCCCGCUCUGCAGGAUCUGCUUCCAGGGGCCCGAGCAGGGGGAGUUGCUGAGCCCGUGUCGAUGCGACGGAUCGGUGAAGUGCACACACCAGCCAUGUCUGAUCAAAUGGAUUAGCGAGAGAGGCUGCUGGAGCUGUGAGCUGUGUUACUACAAGUAUCACGUCAUUGCCAUAAGCACAAAGAACCCUCUGCAGGUAAAGUGGCAGGCCAUCUCUCUGACAGUCAUUGAGAAGGUUCAGAUAGCAGCGGCCAUCCUGGGUUCCCUCUUCCUCAUUGCCAGUAUCUCGUGGCUCAUCUGGUCGACCUUCAGUCCUUCGGCCAAAUGGCAGCGCCAGGACCUGCUCUUCCAGAUCUGCUAUGGAAUGUACGGCUUCAUGGACAUUGUCUGUAUAGGUCUAAUAAUACACGAAGGGCCCUCGGUUUACCGGAUUUUUAAACGGUGGCAGGCGGUCAAUCAGCAGUGGAAAGUGCUGAACUAUGACAAAACAAAGGACAUGGAGGAACAAAAAACAGGGACCAGGACAAAUCAGCGCCCCUCCUCCCAAACCACCCACUCGUCCUCCACUGGUGGUACAGCCACUAACUCCGCUCCAGCCGACAGCGGGGCACGGGCUGCCGGCCAUGCCACAGGCACCCUCUCUGACCACCACUGUGCUUAUACCAUCCUGCAUAUACUCAGCCACCUGAGGCCUCACGAACAGAGGAGUCAGUCUAGUAGUAACAGAGAGCUCGUCAUGAGGGUCACGACGGUCUGA